GGGAGAGAGGCAGAGACAGAGAGACAUAAACAUACCCAACCAGUGAGAGAGCGAAAGGGGGAAAGCAAGCAAGCAGACAAGGCAGGCGGGCAGGCAGGCAAGAGAAGGCAGUGGACAAGAUAUCAGCACCCUGCACAUUGGAAUUGUACAGCUUGCAGCCAACAUGGUCAUCCUCAGCCGUAUUGCUUUGGGAUUUUAUCUCCAGCUCCUUUUCUGCUUUGCUGUAUCUCAGUCCUCCUUUGUGGACAGUGUCUUCUCAAUUUCAGCAGGUAAAUUGCAACAUUGAUUUAUCUCUUGGUGACUUGCCUUGCUUAUCUCUGCGUGUUUAGAUUUCCCUGCUGUUCUAAGCACUCGGAAUCGUGGUUGGGAAAUACUUAGUCCCAAUGCAUGCUGAAUCACAAAACAAUAAAAGCCAGAGGCUCCCCCCACCCCUUUUCAAAUCUGUUCUUAUUUUAUUAUUCCUGAUCCUGACGUCAAGAGGCUAACAUCUCCUGUUUAAUACUAAUGGGCUAUAUCGCCACAAAACAGAAACUUCGUUGUUAGAUAGCUAUCCUGCUUUAUUUCAGUGGCAAUCGAUGGCUUGAAGGUCUGCGAAUUUGCAGAGACGCAAAUGAAGUCGAUGAGAGGAGGAUGAAUCACAAUGUAUGUCCAUUUCUGUUAACACAGCCUUGACCUCAUCCAGCGUUGCUGGACUUGUGCUGGAUGCUAGCACAGUAAACAUCUUCUGGCUAGCGCAGUGGCACUAACAAAUACUCAGAUGACUUCCAUAGCGAACAAAAGCCCACUGCAUGGAAAAAAACACCCCGGGUUGGCAGGAGGCAAAGGGUAUGGAUUGCCUGACUGCAGGGAAUCCUAUUUUCCACUUUAAUCCAACAGGUUUCCCUUCAGCUGUGCGUUCUGGGAAGGAGACCAGGAGGCUUGCCGCAGGUCUGUACAUUUUAACGGCAAACUUCACAGCAAUAUGAAAGAGACAGCUCCGUCUUUUUCCAGCAUUCCUGUUACUGAAUGCAAUGUUAUUGAAAGGGGAACCCUUUAAAGAAUCAAGUUUGAGGUGGCUGUUGUAUAAGACUUUAAAUUAGGGGCAAUGCCAGGCCUAGGAGACUGAGGAGACUGAGUGGUCUCCAGACCACUUCACCUUUCCCACACGUCAGACCUCUCAGUAGUCCUGCUCCACGCCCUCUCAAGUGUGUUUGCUUGACUGGAAUGAGAUUGUGCCUCUCGUUUGCCCCCGUGGAGGUGUGUACAUAGAAACCUCUGUGUUUUGUGAAGCUUAUUGUGUUGUACAAUCAAUUGCUCCAGCUCACGGUGUCUCCGGCCAUUUGUGCCUCUGGCCGCACCAAAGAAUAAUCUGUCAUGGCUCUUGCCCAUGAGAGAAUAUAGCCCUCAGGCUGAAGAAAGGUCUGCAUCCCUGCUUUAGGUUUCUAGCAUUGUUCUUAUAGGAUUGUAUGCUUUUAAAAAUAAUCAUCAUCAUCAUCAUCAUCAUCAUCAUCAUCCAUGUGCUUUCAAAACUGCAAUAGAAUAACAGUGCUACAAUGAUUUAAGCUUCCCUUUGCUGCAUUGUGAAUUAAUAGAUCUUUAUGGAGAUAUGAUAAUUCAAAAUAACGAAAACACAUGUCAUUAGAAACACAGUGAAAAUAAAUCCAGAACAAAUGCAGCAGACUAAAAAUAGUGGUCUAAUAGGGCUUUCUUAAAAGACAUUGUUAUUUGCACCAGCUAUGUAAAACAGUUGUUUCAGCCAACCGCAUCCUCCCAUUUGGUGUUUAUUCACAAAACCUGCGUGAAUGUUGCAACAGGCAAGAGACAGAAGAACUGCAUUGCAAACUUUGGAGAAAUGGGGAUUUGUUGAUGGUGAGGAUGGACAACUCAUAGCCCUGAGGUUGAACCCAGCUUCAAGAUGUUUCCCACUCGGCCCCCAACAUAAAUCCAAUUCCCAAGUAUCCCGCACAUAGAGAAAUGGCUCUUUGCCAUCUUCUCCUACUCACUGUGAUCAGCAGGAGAGAUUCUUCCUCUUUAUUAUGUGACUCGCCCAGUUUCUCCUGUGCAAGUGACACAGAGAAAUUGGCUCUAUUGCUCUGAGAAGAGAAGGUUCAACUUCACUGCCACAUGUUAGGUGUAGCAAUGCAACCUCCUAUGCCUUAGGUCAAGUUAGGGCCACCUGUGUGCUAGCCAUGAACCCUCCUGUUUCAUUGCAUAUGGGUUACCAGAGUACCAAGGCAACGUAUUGCUCUACAAUGAUGGCAAGGGCUCUCAGGGGUGAUCAUGUCAAUGGCUCUGGGCAUCUCACUGUUCCACAAGAGACUCAACAGGAGGGCUAACCAUGGUAGUUGUAGCAGCAGCGAGGAAGCAGUGAGAUAGAGAAGUUUAACUCUUCCUACCAUACUCUUUCUCUACACACACACACACACGCACACACGUGCACACACACACAGAGACACACCAUCUCAUAGGUUGCUAUCUGCAUUUUAACGGAUGCUCCCAUUGUUUUCAGUGGAGGCUUCCCUUGAAAUGCAAACGGUAAAAAGCUAAAGGUAAAGGACCCCUGGAUGGUUACAUCCAGUCAAAGGCGACUGGGGUUGUGGCGCUCAUCUUGCUUUCAGGCCGAGGGAGCCACUGUUUUUCCACAGACAGCUUUCCGGGUCAUGUGAGCAGCAUGACUAAACCGCUUUGGCGCAACGGAACACCGUGACGGAAACCAGAGUGCAUGGAAACGCCGUUUACCUUCCCACUGCAGCAGUACCUAUUUAUCUACUUGCACUGGCGUGCUUUUGAACUGCUAGGUUGGCAGGAGCUGGGACAGAGCAACGGGAGCUCACUCCGUUGCAGGGAUUCGAACCAUUGACUGGCAAGCCCAGGAGGCUCUGGUUUAGACCACAGAGGUGAUUUUUAGGGGAGGGUGAGAAAGAGUCCUGAGGCUGCUCAGAUUUCCCUGCAGCUGUUAUUUACAUAGCAAAAACCAUGCACAUUAAUUGCAAACACACCAUUAUCGUCUAGUUUUUGACCCUUAGUCGCUGGGUGAAGCGAGUGGUCCAUCAAGCUUAACUCAAUUCAAAAUGUGGCUUCUGUUUUUAAAAAAGGAGUUGACCAAUGCUCCGCGAUUUAUGUCACAACAGGUUUUUUGUUUUCCUAUUCAUUGAAUUUGGGGUAGACAGCAAUCCUUUUGAGGCCUUUGAAAGUGCAUCAACUCAUCUCAUGGAGUGUGGAGAAGGAUCAUGAUGGCAGACCUUGUCUGGUGUCAUGGUGGCAGGAUAAGGCCAGCAGGCGCAAUUCUGAUUCUCUUCCAUUUGUCGUCUUUCAUAACAUCUUAAUUAGGAUAAUUAUUGUUUUAUGUGUAUUUGGGCUUAUCAUCUGAUAGAUGUUUGAUGUUUUGUAGUAGAUGUCACUCAGCAGGAGGGGAGACUCUGUUUAUUUUAGUGUGAUUUCUAGUAUACUUUAAUACUCACUUGUGUCUUUCAUUGGCAUGAGCCUGGAGUCCCAGAUAAUUAUUUCUAUCUGGCAACUAAAGGAAGCUUCCUUUUGGAAGACACUAGCUUAAACACUGCGCUUGCCAAGGGUAAGCCUAGGGUAAGCCUCAUCGUACGAAACGGCCACACCAUUCCUGAAUGAUGACUUGUCUUUCCCAUCGUUACAAAAAUACUCUCAGCUAUUUUCCAGAUAUAAUUGAAAACCAGUGGCCUUAGGGGCCUUUUUAUUAUUGUCCCCUAAUGUCUCCCCAUGGCAACCUAUGUCACAAACAAAGAGGCUUCGACCACGGCAUGGCGGUAACUAAGUGAUCAGAAGAAAACAAUAUGGGAGCAACCGAGUUGUUGCUUUGCGUGGGAUAUCACUGUAAAGAAGGGGCAUUUAGGCCUUGCUCUGGAAAAGAAAUGUGCAAACUUGCAAAGUAUAAUUUUCGUACCUUUCACCCGACUCCACCUCUCUGGCAGGAUAUGGCCAGGCUGUUCCUGGAAAUGAUCCUCUCAGCUCCGGCCAACUGGAUUUCUUGGUGCUGCUGAAGCAUCGUUUUUAGAGGAAAUGUUUCUGGGUGUUAUAUAUUGCAAGAUUGAACACAUGACUGCGAGUCUGUGUUUCCACAUGGUUAUGUAGCAGUUAGCAACAGUUGGGAGCAAAACAACAGGUCCUGAGGUGUGAACAUGCACAGACGAGCCUUUUAAUAUACUUUAUCUGGGGGGCAUCUCUUUCUAAAAAUAAUAAUCAUUACGGUACUGUACCUUGAUGGUUUCUUCAUAUGCGUUAUUUUUUAAUCCUGCGGUACAUGGUGCUAUGAUCCAUGUUAUCCUGUUAUGUAAAAUGAUUACAAGAGAUGCGAUCGAGCAAUUUAGGACAUUUUGCACGGGGACAGGGGGCUUAACGUGGGUUGCCCAGGCUGAAUGUCAAGAGGAUUCGCCAGAACAGUGGUGAAGCAGCCAUUUUAAAAAUUUGGUUUAGGAUUUUGAGGGACUGGACCAAUGCUGCCUGGCUGUGUACAGGCUGGUGGGGUCAUGUACUGCUAACUGCUGGUUUUUAAAUACAACCAGGGUAGAUAAAAAUCAAUGAUUUAAAAUAUAUAUAUAUCUUUUUUUAUUAUUUAAAUAGAAUUUUUAAAAUAAAAUUCUUUCGGAGGAAAAAUCUUUCUAAAGAUAGUUUUCUAUUUAAGUUACAUUAUAGUCCAAAGGCUAUUCAUCAGGAAAUAAGGAUUUGUUUUACGCUUUUCAUGUGAACUCAAGCUCAGUCUAAGUUGUUUUUUAAUUGUUUGACAUCAGUUAACAAACAUGGAUACAUAUGCUAUAAUGUUAUAGUUUUAGUUCAAUAAAUUGUUUAAAUUGUUAUUAAGGAAAUGAUUAUUUUUCUCCUUCCAAUGAAGUACAGCAGAAAAGUUGUCCAAAUAUAAACAGUUAACUUAUUAAACCUCACAAUAAUUUCAUAACUAUCGGUCUGUGCAUUUCUAAUUGUAUAACCAAAUCAGUAAUUUUUGAUAUAACUGUAAAAACUACUCUGGAAAUUUAUUAUUCCAAAAAAUGAAACCUUCAUCUGGUUGUAAAUAUUAAGGUUAAGCAAGAAUUAGUCUUUCUAUUUUUAAAAAAUGAUUUAAAUCAAGUCUUACUGACUAGUGAUUUAAAUCGAUUUGAUUUUAAUCCACCCUGAAUACAACCAUACAUUACAAAGACACCCCAAGUCUCUAGUGCUCUCUCUGUCAAGGAAAUCUCAAAUUUGGAAGAGGCAGACUUUAAGGAGGAGUGGAAACCUUUGCUUGGAUAUUUAAAGAACUAUUGCAAACAUGUAAAAACGUGGGUAGUUUUAGAAAGGUAAGGGUGUGUUCUUGAUGGCAGAAAGUGAGGAGGAAUUAAAGAACCUUUUAAUGAGGGUGAAAGAGGAGAGCGCAACAUCAAAAAAACGAAGAUCAACAUAAAAAAAAAACGAAGAUCAUGGCCACUGGGCCCAUCACCUCCUGGCAAAUAGAAGGGGAAGAAAUGGAGGCAGUGAGAGAUUUUACUUUCUUGGGCGCCAUGAUCACUGCAGAUGGUGACAGCAACUGUGAAAUUAAAAGACACCUGCUUCUUGGGAGAAAAGCAAUGACAAACCUAGACAUCAUCUUAAAAAGCAGAGAUAUCACCUUGCCAACAAAGGUCCGUAUAGUUAAAGCUAUGGUUUUCCCAGUAGUGAUGUAUGGAAGUGAGAGCUGGACCAUAAAGAAGGCUGAUCACCGAAGAAUUGAUGCUUUUGAAUUAUGGUGUUGGAGGAGACUCUUGAGAGUCCCAUGGACUGCAAGAAGAUCAAACCUCUCCAUUCUUAAGGAAAUGAGUGCUCACUGGAAGGACAGAUCCUGAAGCUGAAGCUCCAAUACUUUGGCCACCUCAUGAGAAGAGAAGACUCCCUGGAAAAGACCCUGAUGUUGGGAAAGAUGGAGGGCACAAGGAGAAGGGGACGACAGAGGACGAGAUGGUUGGACAGUGUUCUCGAAGCUACCAGCAUGAGUUUGACCAAACUGUGGGAGGCAGUGGAAGAUAGGAGUGCCUGGCGUGCUCUGGUCCAUGGGGUCACAAAGAGUUGGACACGACUAAACAACAACAACAACAAAGGGUGUGUUCACUGGGCUCUAAGGUGGUAAUGUUAAGUUGUUGGAUAUUCCUGUUGCCUUUCCCCCUAGCUGCUCACAUCAGCAGGGCUUCAUUGGUACGAGAUCCGUUUCUGUUUAUGUUCACACCAGGGCACAUUGACAGGGUGGGGAUGUCUUUAUGCCACACCUGAUCAAUGCGUGCUUGUGGCGUUGUCAUCAAUGCAUGCUCACUGGUGUUGAGGCGAGUUGAGGCACUAGAGGGCAAGAGAAUGUCCAGGUUUCUAAUAGGAGGUAGGGAUAGCAUGUUGUUUGUGUUGGUACAGUAUGUGUAUUUAUGGAGAGAGGGAGAGAGAGAGGGAGGGAGAGAGAGAGAGAGAGAGAGAGAGAGAGAGAGAGAGAGAGAAUGAAUGAAUGGACAAUUUGCUAUUACUUACUGGCUGCUGAUUUGGCUGUCUCACUUUGUCUAGCAAUUUUGGCCUUGUCAUAAAGACCCUCAGGAAGGGGAGAGAUGAUCUCUUUCACUUAAACCUUUGUCCUUUCCUUUAUCUUUUUUUUAAAAAGCUGUUUAUUUGAAAACCUAUUUUUCAAGUAUAUUGAUAUACACUAGUGGCCAAAAUUGUCCUUUCCUUUAUCUUUUUUUUUUUAAAGCUGUUUAUUUGAAAACCUAUUUUUCAAGUAUAUUGAUAUACACUAAUGGCCAAAAUUGUCGUUUACCUUUUCUUUUUUCUUUUUUUUAAAAAAGCUAUUUAUUUGAAAUCCAAUUUCUCAAGUAUAUCGAUAUACACUAGUGGCCAAAAUUGUGGAAACUAAAGAAACUAAUUGAGGUAACUAAAUAAACUUGUUAGUCAGAAGCAACCCAGCAAUAAAACCCAAUUAAUAGAGGCAAUAAUUCAAUCUUGGUUUCACAUUAUUACAGCUGCAGAACAAAAAAAUUGGUUCACUCCAUGAGAAGGCAUUGAAAGGCCAUAAUUAAAGCUAAAGGUUACCCAGUUAAGUAUUAAUUGACAUGCUGAGAAUUUUUGUAUAUCUCAUUUUUUUUCUAUGUGUUUCACAUUUCUUUUUUAUGACUGAUGUUGUAAUAAAGUAUGGCAAAAAGAAGCAGAUGGCGCAACUCGUGACUGCCGUGGUCAAGUGUUCUGAUGAUGAGGGGCAAAACACCUGGAUUAUUGAUUCUGUAUCUUGUAUAUAGUAACUUGUGAGUCUGCUGUAAAUAAUAAACCUCUAAGUAACCAAGUUACUAGUGAGCAGCAUUUUGUUCCUGUUCAUCCAGUCAGCUUGCAACCAGAUACUUCCAGAAAGUCUGCAUGUGCUCUGCAAUAUUCAACAGGAAACACACUUUUCCCAAAAGGUUUCCACAGUUUUGGCCACUAGUGUAAUAUUGCAGAUAAUACUGUAAGAGCUGCACUGUAGCUGCUACAGCAAAGUUCCCCAGCUAUAGACCCCGUUCACCCUUAGGCCCAUGCAGCAAGAAAAGACCAGGGUUCUGCACAGUGCCGGAUUUAAGUAUAAGCUAAACAAGCUGUAGCUUAGGGCCCCACUCUCUUGGCAAAAAUGUAAAGGACAAAAAAACUGGAUGUACAUUUCCAAAAUAUAAGAUUUUUUAAAAUGAAAUAAACCCUACAUACAGCAACAGUGCCUUGUGUUGUGUAUGGACCUAUUAGGUCCAUAAAUUAAAAGGUAAAGGGACCCCUGACCAUUAGGUCCAGUCGCGACCGACUCUGGGGUUGCAGCGCUCAUCUCGCUUUAUUGGCCGAGGGAGCCGGCGUACAGCUUCCGGGUCAUGUGGCCAGCAUGACUAAGCCGCUUCUGGAGAGCCAGAGCAGCACACGGAAACGCUGUUUACCUUCCUGCCGGAGUGGUACCUAUUUAUCUACUUGCACUUUGACGUGCUUUCAAACUGCUAGAUUGGCAGAAGCAGGGACCGAGCAACGGGAGCUCACCCCUCACGGGGAUUCGAACCGCCGACCUUCUGAUUGGCAAGUCCUAGGCUCUGUGGUUUAACCCACAGGUCCAUAAAUUACCAUAUAGCAUAUAUUCAACACAAAAAACAGCGACAAUUUGUUGUGGACAAAGGACAGCUGGACAUAUAAAGGGCCCCAUUACCUUCAGUAGCUUAGGGCCUCGUCAAACCUAAAUCCGGCCCUGGUUCUGAUGGUCUGUGAGAGAACAGUAGGGCAGCAUCCGAGAUAAAGGCAGCAUUUCUUGUCAGGGAACUCCUGGAAUUGAUACUGAGCCAUAGGGAAGCACAGAUGCUACUGAGUACAUGAUCAUAGCAGUUAUAUUAUACGUUGGCCUUUUAAUAGCAGUUACUCAUUUGUCUUGUGACUGCACUGAAUUUCAGCUUGGAAAGGUUGCCGGGGUUUCUCUGAACAGGUGGAAGAGUUGAAACGGUUUUUCAGUGAUGCUUUAUUGCCACGGGCUCACCGAAACUGCAGCUCUGUACAGAGGCCAAAAAUCCUGGUCCUACAUUCUGGCUAUAAUUGAAAACAACAACAAGUGGGCCUAGAUAGUAGGCAUACAUGACAAAACCAUAACACAUUUCUUUUCAAAAGUGUGUGUGUGUGUGUGUGUGUGUGUGUGUGUGCAAUGUAUCGCUUUUUGUGGGAGGGAUUCAAGUGUACAAUGGAAAUCUGGGUUUAAGCAAAUAAAGUGGAUUUUGAAGCACUCAUUUGCUUUGGCACAACAAAGUCUCCUUAUCUCCCCACCAUAUCCCCAUACUUUUUGUGGUUAGUAAAGUGCUGGAAGAAUGCAUGAAAAAGUGUGGGAUGAAUGCAGAAAGAUGUAUAAAUACUACACAAGCAAAUCAAAGUGGAUUCAGAAUGAAUGGUCAUCACUGUAUAACCUCCCCACAAACAAAUCAGAACAAAUGCUCAGUAAAGAUUAGAUAUAAUCUAACUUGCAUGUAAACUUUGUGGAAGCAAUUCAGGAUAAAUACUGAAUAACAGGUUGUCUGGAGAUGCCCUUAGUAACUCUGAUCUGUAUUGAUGACAGCGCUGUUGCUAUUAAGAAUCAUUAAAAAAACACAUACCAUCAUAGCAAAUAUUCCAGAAGUGUUGUAAUUCAUUUAAUCUAUGUUUUGCCUUUCUGUAUAAAAUAUAUUCCAGGGGGCUUCCAAGAAACACAAUUGAAACAAGUAAACAAUACUAAGCAACAAUGUAAAACAACAAGAGGAAUUUCACAAAAUGUGGGUGAUAGCCAAUGUUCGUCAUACUCACAGUUGACCCAUUUAAUCGACAAGCUUAUGUUGAUUUCAGGGGUCUGCUCUGAGUGUGACUUUGUUGGAGAUCACCUAUUAUCAUUUUAGGCAAAGAGACAGCAAGCUGGGGCAAAACUGUUUAUGCUUCCUGUCUGGAGGUCAGCAAUGACAGGGUCAAGAUUAGGGUCCUGUGGAUCUCAGAAACGGCGCAGCAAGACUUGGCUGUAGCAGAGAGGGUGCCAUUUGCGUUCAGGGCUUGCCGAUCAGAAAGUUGGUGGUUUGAAUCCCCGCCACGGGGUGAGCUCCCAUUGCUCUGUCCCAGCUCCUGCCAACCUAGCAGUUUGAAAGCAUGCCAGUGCAAGUAGAUAAAUAGGUACCACUGCGGCGGGGAGGUAAACGGCGUUUCCAUGCACUCUGGCACUUGUCACGGUCCUCCAUGCACCAGUAGCAGUUUAGUCAUGCUGGCCACAUGACCCAGCCGUCGGUGGACAAACGCCGGCUCCUUCGGCCUGAAAACGAGUUGAGCGCUGCAACCCCUUUGACUGGACUUAACCGUCCAGGGGUCCUUUACCUUUUACCUUUUCAGGUAGCAAAAUAUUGUGGACUGUCACUGGAGGAUUUCUUAGCUGCCAUAGUUGGCAAAACCUUGAGUGGUGGGAGUGCGUUUCUGUGACGCAAACAUGCUGAAUUUUAUUGUGCUCGAGCCGCCUUUUUCAUUCUUUAAAGAAUCGUAAUUAAUACGUAGCCCGUAAUUAAUAGACAAGUAUUUUUCCCCUCAACAGCCUUCCCUUGCUUGAACCAGAAGAAGCAGGUUAAUAACAACAGAGGGUGCUCGUUUCUUGCCCUCCCUCCUCCUCCUCCACCGCCACCGCCAUUAUUUCCUCCACCACACUUCAGGCAGGGAUGGAAUUCUGUAAGUAUGGCUUCAAGUUUUUAUUUCCUGUAAGCACAGCUUAUCCUUCCUUAGCAGUUCCAAGAAACUGCCCUGCCACAGAAAGUGGCAUAACUCUUGGUGACCAGAGAUGUAAUGUAUCAGAGGUGCAAAAUGGUCUGGGGUUGCUUGUGGGCACAUCUGGAAUUCUGAGAGAAAACAUGGAUAACAUUCCCACUGGCUGCUUUCACCACCACACCACCCCAGACAACUAGAACAUGGGUAGGCAAACUUAGGCCCAGGGGCCGGAUCCAGCCCAAUCGCCUUCUAAAUCCGGUCUGCGGACGGUCCGUGAAUCAGCGUGUUUUUACAUGAGUAGAAUGUGUCCUUUUAUUUAAAAUGCAUCUCUGGGUUAUUUGUGAGGCCUGCCUGGUGUUUUUACAUGAGUAGAAUGUGUGCUUUUAUUUAAAAUGCAUCUCUGGGUUAUUUGUGGGGCAUAGGAAUUCGUUCAAAUAUUUUUUUUCAAAAUAUAGUCCCGCCCCCCACAAGGUCUGAGGGACAGUAGACCGGCCCCCUGCUGAAAAAGUUUGCUGACCCCUGAACUAAAAAGACAAAGUGUGUUCACACAUGCACAGAAAACACAGAGAGAAAGAGACUUUGCUUCUCCAUGAAGUGGGCAAAAUGGAUCCUCUUUAACUGAUAUGGUUUUACACAGGGUGCUCAAAAAAUAUGAUGCGAUUUAAGCUUACAUAUGUAGAUUUCACAACAAAAUCUAUAGAUCCAGUGCUUGCCAGCACCUCCAAAAACAUGAAUCCAAGGCACGGAUACUUAUGGAUGUUGUUGAUUUUUACAUACCUAAAUGUUGUUGAUUUUUACAACAGAACCAACUAAAAAUCCACCAAACACAUCUGUAGGCAACGACAUGACCUUGGAUGGUAUUUUGAGGUGAUGCAGUUUUCCAGGCAAGCCGUGUUUACAAAAAUGUAUAUAUUAGUGAAAAUUAUGCAUAAAAAUGAAUAUUUUAGUGAAAAUAAUGAAAGUGCAUUAUAUGAGGGUAAAUUGCUUGCAAAAAAAAAUCUGUAUAAUAGUCAAAGCUGCAUACAGACAUGUGUUUAUUGGAGAAAUUCAUACUAAAAUACAGAUGAAUAUUUAUGAGGAUUUUCAAAAAGAAAUGUUGCAGAUUGCUACAGAAAUGUGCAGAGCCAGUUUUAAGAUUGGAAAACUGAGGGAACUGAAAAAACCAAAGUUGAUAGAUCCUUCCCCCCUUAGCUAGGCUUCUUGUUUCACACUAAUGCUGUACUUACACCCACUGGUGCUAAUGCCCUAUCAUCACCCAGUGAGUGUCAUUAUCAAUCAAUCAAUCAAUCAAUCAAUUUAUUGUACCCUACCCACUCUGGGCGUCUUCCAACAUAAUAUAAAAGAACGCAACAUAACAUCAAAUAUUAAAAGCUUCCCAAAACAGGGCUGCCUUUGGAUGUCAUAGAAUAAUUUAUCUCUUUGACAUCUAUAGAUAAGAUUGUGCCGCAAAUGUACAAGGUACAGGUUUGAGGGUCGGAGGUGGGUCAAAAAAUAUGCUUCAUGUCAUGAAUACAUGUGUACAUGUAGCUGCCAUAUAUUAUAAAAGCUUCUUGUGAAUUCUGAGGUUUCCUACAUUUGUAACCCUACCUUCCCUCAACUUUCAGUACAUGGUCCAUAAAAGUUUGACCUAACAUACCUAACAUGUCACACAAUAUAGCUUUUGUGUUGGUCAUUAGGCUUCUAAUGUAUAAGGUGGGGGGGGGAUGACAUAGACUCAAAUUCUGUUGGCACAUGGAUCUCCAAUUAUUGGAAUACCAAGGUGACCCUGUUUCUUGACAAAAUGUUCUGUGAGACAGUCCAGCUCCUGAUAUAUUUUGCACGGUUGCCUACUGGAAUUUCCCCCACUCCCUUAUAUGAUAUUAGUUUUAAUACCUCAAGGGCCGCAACCCUGUUGUGUAAUUUCCUGUCAGUCACUUGGCAUUUUACUGCAAGUGAAGGCAGAUGACAAAGAAUUGUACAAAAUCAAUCUCUCUCUCUCCCUUUUAUACCACUCACUCAAUCAGUCACUCUCGCUGUAACUGCUAGGUCGAAAUUUAGAGCAUACGUAUUGGGAAGAAGUCCAGUAAAUGAAGUAAUGCCGUUCUUCGUAAAAUCUGUAUAAAGAAGCUGAGAAUUUCAAGUCAGACAGCAUCAUUGAACUUUGUGCCAAGGGUACAUAAUGUGAAAUAAAGCAAAUUAAGAUGCAACUCAAAAGCUGGCUGCCAAGGGUUUUUGAAUGUGGCUGUGGAGUACGUGCCAUUGCUGGAGUGGAGAAGGAGGUGGAAGUCUGGGUUUGGCUACUGAGACCAUAUAACACCGGUCCUGAAAGACCUGCAUUGGCUUCCAGUACGUUUCUGAGCACAACUCAAAGUGUUGGCGCUAACCUUUAAAGCCCUAAACGGCCUCAGCCCAGUGUACCUGUAGGAGCGUCUCCACUCCCAUUGUUCUGCCUGGACAUGAAGGUCCAGCUUUGAGGUCCUUCUGGUGGUUCCAUCACUGCAAAAAGUGAAGCUACAGGGAACCAAGCAGAGGGCCUUCUCGGCAGUGGCGCCCGCCCUGUGGAACGCCCUCCCAACAGAUGUCAAGGAAAUAAACAAAUAUCUGACUUUUAGAAGACAUCUGAAGGCAACCUUGUUUAGGGAAGUUUUUAAUGUUUGAUGUUUUAUAAUGUUUUUAAUAUUCUGUUGGGAGCCGCCCAGAGUGGCUUGGGAAACCCAGCCAGAUGGGUGGUGGUAUAAAUAAAUAAAUUAUUGUGUAUAUAUACAGUGGUACCUUGGGUUAAGUACUUAAUUCGUUCUAGAGGUCCGUUCUUAACCUGAAACUGUCCUUAACCUGAAGCACCACUUUAGCUAACGGGGCCUCCUGCUGCCGCUGCGCUGCAGCCGCCCGAUUUCUGUUCUCAUCCUGAAGCAAAGUUCUUAACCCGAGGUACUAUUUCUGGGUUUAGCGGACUCUGUAACCUGAAGAGUCUGUAACCUGAAGCGUAUGUAACCUGAGGUACCACUGUGUGUGUAUUUAUCAAUUUUUCAUUAAUAACUUUCCAAUAUGGGCCACAUUAUUAUCAUACCAAAUCAUAAUACAAUUUAUACAGCUAAUUAUACAUUCCAAAUUCAACAGAUUUGGUGACUUCCCAUGUUCUGAUCAUCCAGAGAUAAUUAUUCCUAAAUCCUGCAUAUAAUCUCACAUAUAAUCCAAAUACAGCAAUUCCGAUCUCGAUCCUUUCUUCUAUUUUUGCAGCCACUGAUGUAAUAGCUUCACUUGUAUUCAAAAAACCCAUCUCCAUUAACUUGGAAGAGGGAUUUAAAGCCUGUAGUUUUCUGUGUAAAAUAUUUUUUCCUAUUAUUAGUAGUAGUAAGUGGGGUCACAUGUAGGCCGUCAGAGACCUCCAGUGCACCCACAAAACAACUCAAUAGGUGUUCCACCAAUGGAGGGGAGAGGGGUAGGUUAGGGACAGCCUUGAAUCCACAGAACCUAAAGUCCCAAUUUUACCCUGAUGUUCCUGAAACCACACCAGCUCUGGAAGGGAGGAGAGAAAAAGGAAGGUCUCCCAUGUGAGCAGCCAUAGCUUGGGAUACCAUAGAAUUUCCAUCCGACUGCUCUGCCAUUUACCCCACCCAAAAACAUUUGAACUUUUACCAACUGAGAGAAUGAUAAUACUAUGGGUUUUCUCCUACCUUUUGAGAGGGUCCUAAACUGCUGUUGGAAAUGAGAGAUGGAGUAAAGGAUGUAAUCUUGCGUAGCCAUCAAGAGGGAAUCCUGAGGGCAUGGAGUAUAGGAUUUUCUGUUGUGUACAUUUCAGCUGCAAUACAAAAAGUAGCUAACGUAAUUAUGUAGCACAGCCGGAUUUGUAUGCAGUCUUCUCGAUGAGCAAACACUAGCGGUUCAGCAAACAAUAACUUGUGAGGGGGAAUGAAAUCUAGGUCUUGUGUCUUUUCUUGUUAUAUAUAUAUAAUUAUACAUCCUAUAAUUGCUAUUUGAUAGAUGGAAUAAUUUGAUUUAGUUUCUGCGUUUAUCCACCAUCUAAUACAACUUCUUCCCCACUGGCUUUGCCAAGGAGAGAAUUUGGCUUCUUUUAGUCAUGCAGUCUGUGUUGCACUCUCAUGCAGUAUGAAUUAUUAGGAGAAGCUAUUUCUGGGAGCAUCUGCCACUUGCAAAUUGAGCUAGGAGCAAAAUAGCCUUGUGUAUUACUUGGGCUGAGGAGGAUGAGCCAGAUAGUACUGGAGUACUAGUACUCCUUUUGCAACAGUGCGGUACGGAAGAUGGAGAAGUGCAGAUGAAGAAAAUCUAGUUCAGCCCUGCAAGAGAGUGUUUAAAAAAUAUGUCCUUGAUCAAAGGUUUACUCUUCUGCCGUGGUAUUUAGUGAUCUCUCUCCCUUUUUAAAACUUCUUAGAUGUUGUCUCUGAACCUGAAAAACCUAUGUCAAGAGCUUCAGAUAAUACAGUCUCCAUGUGUAGAAUCUCUGUGCCCUCCAGCACCUCCUGGGCCACAGGUUAGUACUUCCUUUUAAGGUAAAGGUAAAGGGACCCCUGACCGUUAGGUCCAGUCGUGGCCGACUCUGGGGUUGCGGCGCUCAUCUCGCUUUAUUGGCCGAGGAAGCCAACGCACAGCUUCCUGGUCAUGUGGCCAGCAUGACUAAGCCGCUUCUGGCGAACCAGAGGAGCACACGGAAACGCCGUUUACCUUCCCGCUGGAGUGGUACCUAUUUAUCUACUUGCACUUUGAUGUGCUUUCGAACUGCUAGGUGGGCAGGAGCAGGGACCAAACAAUGGGAGCUCAGCCCGUCACGGGGAUUCGAACCGCCGACCUUCUGAUCGGCAAGCCCUAGGCUCUGUGGUUUAACCCACAGCGCCACCCGCAUCCCAGUACUUCCUUUUAGAACACACCAAUUCAGAUCCUUUAGACAGGUUCCUCAGUCUGUGCUCUUUCCAUACAGUUGAGAGGCCUUCAUUCUUCAAUACUGUAGCAGGUUAGAACAUAACGCAGCUGGGAUUCCUCACCCCCUGUGCAGUAUGGUACCUCGUUUAAAUAUGCAUUACAAGUGACGUCUGGAUUAGUAAUGAUAAAUAAAGCAAGGCUCAUUAACAGCAAGGUAUAUUAUGUUGCUUCCACUUGAAUCCUUUCAGUGUGAUGUAAAAGAACGAUGAGGAAAUUCUUAGUCUCCCAGUCUUUUCGCAGGAAACCUUUUUUUUCGGAAUAGCUCACGGAAUAGCUUUAUUUAAUUUUUUAAAAUUUUUUAUUUCUAUACUGCUUUAUAUUUUUGAUAAAAAUCUCAAAGCGGUUUACAGCAUAUUAAAUCAAUAAAUCAAUAACAAUAGCUGGUUGAUGUUCUUCCGGCCUCAUGAGGAGCCUUUUUUGUAGGGCUGGGUGAGUCUUAAAAUACUUGUGUAUUUUAGUAACUUCUUUUUAUCUAUUAUCUUAUGGAUGAUCUGUGCGCUCAAGUGACCACACCAUACAGAUGUGUUCAUUUGAUUUUUUAAAAAUUAUUUUCAUUUAUUCCAUUUAUCAGUUGCCCUAUGCUGUAACAACAGUUACCAGGGCAAUGUGGAAGAUUUUUCUGAAAACCAGUUUUCUUAAAAUGGAAAAUCAGCAAAUGAAACAGCUAUUUAAGAAAAAAUAGCUUCAAAGCCAAGAUCGGGAUAUUAAAUAUCAUCCAGUAUUCAAUAAUAUAGAGAAGGCAAAAGAAUAUAGAGAAUCCAGAAGAAAUUUCAGAGUUAAAAUUAGAGCAUAAAACUACAAUUCCUAGGACUGCAUCAGGUCAGAUGGAUGGAAACAAAUGUUUGAUUACUCUCACACCUUCUUUCCUAAUAUGGAACUACUUUUCUUCCAAACUCCAUGUUUGCUUUUCCAUUAUAUCCUUCCACCGCUCAUCACCCGACCCAUCGCUGCACCUCAUUAUCUCCUGCCUAUAUGGAACUAUAGUGCUUACAGCUGAAAAUUAAAUCCAGCUAGGACAGUAGAGACUGACAGAUGUGAACCCUCAUGAACUGAGCUUCGUGUGAGAACUUCGGUCCUGAUCUGAGAUGGGCUGAAGGGGCUGAAACAUGGUAGAGAUCCUUUGCAACAAAAGAAGUAGGAAGCCUUCUGAUUACUUUGUCACAACUGAUAGGCGAAAGACGCUGGGGUGAGCAGAAGAACAAGCGAGGAGUGUUAUCAGCAACGUUGAACGUCCCAUUUCUUCUCUUUUUUAUUUUUAGGGCCCGCAAGGUGUUCCUGGCGUGAAGGGACCAAAGGGGGAAAAAGUAAGUGCCAGGGUUGGAUUUUGAACUGUGAUAAUUGCUGAGCCUUUGCAGGUAUAUGCAUUAGAUGUAAGGUCAUUUCGGAAGUGUAGAUUAAUUACCAGGACUGGUAUCAGGUUUGAGGCAAGGUCCCACCCAGCGAUACCCUAGUGGCAUCCCCCAGCUAGUGUACCACAGGCUGAGAUACAGGCAGUGAUGGACAGUUUAGCAUAAGAAAAGCAGAUGAAGCAGCUGCUGCAGUCACCCCCAGAGGCAUUCUGGGAAAAUUAAGAUGCUUUGCUUGAAUCUUUCUGUUAUGUACUGAGCUGAAUCCUAGAUCAACAGGAUCCAGAAUGCAGCAGUCUGAUUGGUCCGCAGGAGCCACCCAAUCCAGCUCCUAGUGGAAGUGAAUCAGUGACCUGAUUGGCCUGCAGGAGUAGCCAAUCAGGGUCCUGCAUGAAGUGAAUCAGCAACCUGAUUGGCCUGCAGGAACAGCCAAUCAGGCUUCUGGAGGAAGUGAAUCCGUAACCUGAUUGGCCUACAGGGGCAGCCCAGAAUUAGCCAAUCACGCGGGGCCCAUUGUGUAAAUAAUAUAUAUAUAUAGCUAGACGUUUUGGGGAAAUAUUCAUUCAUUGCUACUACAAGCUGAAUAAAGAGCAUGAAAUUCACACUCGACUCUGAGUAUAUUUCACUUUUUUAAGCAGCAUUUAAAUAUAGUUAGGGGGGAGUUAAAAAUUCCUAAAGGGAUGCUGGCACCAGCCCUGGUGUGCCCUCUAGGACCUGAGCACCCUGGAAUUUGCCCCAUGCUGCCAUGCCUGCUGAUUCCAGACCUGCAAUGUCUGAGUUUACGAUGACUGAUAAUGGUAUGUUUUUAGUGGCCUCUCGUUUCAAAGUGGAAUUUGCAAUAUCUCAUUGUCUCAUUACCUGCUUUGUGAAGGCUUAGGCUAUGAAAAGCAGGAUGCACCUGUUUAGACAGGCCAAUAAAUGUACAUGCCAGCAAUCCCCACAAGCCAGAAACUAUUGUGCUCCACCUCUAAAGUUUACCAUGAAACAAAACUGUGCAUCUAUCCCCAUGGCAGUGUGUUGUAGUGGUUAGGGGUUCCCUGGGAUACCGGCCUUCUAAUCCUCACUUGGCCAUGAAGCUCACUGGCUGAGCGUGGGCCAUUCACUGCCUCUCAGCCUAGCCUACCUCACAGGGCUGUUGUGAGGAUAUCCGUAUUUUUCACCCUAUAGAACACACUUUCCCCCCUCCAAAAAUGAAGGGGAAAUGUGUGUGCGUCCUAUGGGGCAAAUGCAGGCUUUCGCUGAAGCCUGAAGAGCAAGAGGGGUCGGUGCGGAUAGGUGCUUGCAGCCUGAAGUCCGAGGAGCGCGGCACUUUGCACCCCGGGCUUAGGGCAGCUAUCCGGAGUUCCUGCCAGGCGCCGCAGGCUUGCAGAUAGCUGCCCUAAGCCUGGGGUGUGCGGCGGGCUUCGGAUAGCAGCAAGCAGCCAGUGCGCCCUAUAGCGCGAAAAAUACGGUAAAUGAGGAGGCUGGAGAACCAUGUAUACCACCAUAAAGGGGUGAUAGAAAUGCAGUAAAAACAUUUUUUUGUUUGUGGUUUCUCUUGCCUUCCCCCCCAGUUAUCUUUAGCCUGUCACAAAAGAUUGCCGUAUGCUACUUGUGACCUGUUUUCUACCUUCUCCCAUAUUUGUUGUUUGUGUCUCCUACUGAUGCGUUACUUUAUCCUACAGGGUGAGAUUGGCAGACCAGGAAGGAAGGUAUGAGACAAAUCGUAUAACACCCUUGUACAGCAUUGUGCCCAUUCACAUGUUAAAAGAGAUUUCUACAUGUAAGGCCAACUGCAAUGGAAAGAGUUUGGGGAGAAGAGGGGCCAAAUGGAGGCCUUAGUUUCCUGCCUCUUCCUCCUCUGCAGUCACAUAGAAUUGUUGCUGCCAGGUAACAGUUGAGGGAAGGAGGUGUCUGAAGGUGUUUGGCUUAGCAGAGUCAGUUGACUGGCUCUGUGGCACAUCUCUCUCCCUCUUCUGCAGCCUGAUGGAAUAGCUGCUGGCAAGUGAGCUGAUGCAGAGGAGGAGCUUGAUAGAACUGGCUUCCCAGCACGGCCCACAGAGUGGUCCUGCUUCCCAUCUCCUUCUGCUUCAUGUUGUUUAAACAGAAUAUUUUUUACAAUCACUGUCAUACCUCAUCAGUUGAUCCCACUUGCCUGCAAAAAAUCCCCACACAUUGUAAGAUUGUAAGAUACUUUUUAAAAAUUGAAAUGCAACAGGCUAUUGGAACUGAUGCUACUCAGCUGACCACAGUACCAGGCCCACCUAGUGGUGUUGCUUGGGGAAGACCAGAGGGGCAGUGGUCCUGGGUGCAAGGGGGUGUGUGCAUUUUGCUCCUCCGGGCUCUGUCAGCCCUGUGCCGCUGUGCCCCUGGAGUGCACUCCCGCUGCCCUGCUUUGCGUGGCGAGUUCCCGCCUCCCACCAGUAGAAAUAAAGACACAUGACACCAUUAUUUUAGGUUAAUGGGCUAAAAUUGGCCACCACUUUAUUGGUUAUAGGUAAAAAGCGGUAUUGGCUUAGGCAUUGGUCCUAACCGACUAUCCGGCUUCAGCCUGAUUGCUUGAAGACCAGGAAGGGUUAACACCAGCAGGGGGAGCCCUGCUGAUGCACAUCAACUAGGGACUCCCCCAGGGUCACCGCUCGGGGGCGCGCUUUAGGCCCUGGCCUCCAUAGGCUUCGAAUGAGGCCACGCCCCCUGGAAUCCUUUACCGGACUAACCUUCAAUAUUUGGGGGAGGGGAUGGCACUCCCCCCCCAUCUACAUAACAAUACCCCUACCAAUGCCAAACCGCCAAAACCAAAGGAGUUGUGACGUUUUGCUACGAGGUAGGCGAAAAACCAAAUGGCCGGUGCCAAUUUGCCAAAGGGAAAAAAUUCCUACCAGGCCCCUCCACGGCCACCAACCAAGGUCCAUAGCAAGGUCAGAAGGGAAUCUUAAAGGGCGGGUGGGUGGGAAGCCUCAGCAGCUGACCAGGACCAAAGAGGGAGAUCCCGGGACUGCGCUUGCCUUAAAUGAGGCAAGCCACACACCCCAAGCCAGCCGAUUGGCUGGCUCAGGGGAUGACACGGCCCAAGGAUUCCCCUGAUCGCGCGGGGGCUGGAAGCCAGCCUCCGCGCUCGUGUUGUGAGCAUGAAGCCCGCAAGACUACCUCCUCCCGAGGUUGGAAGUGGCUUUGCGACACUGCAGGGCUGCACGAGGAGGGUGCAACAGGCAUGCACGCUGAACAGGAAGGGUGAAUGCCUGUUGUGUCCUCCUCACGCAGCCCUGCGGCAUCGCAGAGCAGAGUGGGGCUGGCAGGGCAGUGUGAGUGUCAGGUCAUGGGCGCAGCAUGGACCCUCUUUGCUCCAGGAGGUGGGGCGUUGGUGGCAGGGGCUGGGCAUGGGCUCUGCUCACCCUUCACGCCCCGCCCUGCCCCCCUGUGUGCAUGGACCACCCCGGAGUGCCCACCUACCCCAGGUGCCAGCAGCACAUGCUAUGUUCCUGGGCCCGCUUUGCAUGCUGACCCAUUCUGUUAAUUACUCUGACCGGUGUCAUAAGCUAGAUGUUUGCUGGCCGGUAUACAUACAACAAAUGGGGCCACAGCCCAAAAUGAACAAUCAUGUCCCAACACUAUCACAUUUAAUGUUCUGCGGUCAGGAAGAACUUCCAAGAGUGUGGCUUGGGUGCCUUAUUGUCAUUCGAAGAGGCUUCGUUAAACCAUAUUGGACCAAAUAUAAGCCACACUUUUUUCCCAAAUUCCGACAGUGAAAAGUGAAAGUGCGGCUUACAUUCAAAACCUUUAUGCUCCCAGCAAAGCAGCGUGGCUCCCCCCCAGGAAGCAGCCCAGGUAUUUUCUCCCCCCCCCCCUCAAUUUUAAAGGUGUGACGUAUUUGCGGGUGCGGCUUAUAUUUGGGCUAAUACGGUAUUCAGACAUUACUGCUACCAAUUUUGAUGUUAUUGCAUCUGAUUUUUUUCUCUUUCUACUUCCUUCCCCCCAUCCCUGACCUCUUUUUUUGAAGGGCAGACCAGGUCCCCCAGGUGUCCCUGGACUUCCAGGACCUAUUGGAUGGCCUGGCCCAAUAGGACCGAGGGUAAGAUUAAGGCACCAUUUACUAAUAUGGUCAAACCUGUAAUGCAAAUUAAGCUCAAUCUGGAUUUGAAUGCUGCACAUGUUUCUUGAGCAGUACAGUGGUAUUUCGGGUUAAGUACUUAAUUCGUUCCAGAGGUCCGUUCUUAACCUGAAACUGUUCUUAACCUGAAGCACCACUUUAGCUAAUGGGGCCUCCUGCUGCCGCUGCCCCGCCGCUGCGCGAUUUCUGUUCUUAUCCUGAAGCAAAGUUCUUAACCCGAGGUACUAUUUCUGGGUUAGUGGAGUCUGUAACCUGAAGCGUAUGUAACCUGAAGCAUAUAUAACCCGAGGUACCACUGUACUGGAAUGUGAAGCCAUCUUUACUUCUGAGCAUGUGCAGGAAAAUGUAGGAAAAUGUACCACAGAAUGAUAGUGGGAGUUUAGAGUAUGGGAAGAUGGCAGAAUGGACCAUAGUGGUAUCCUUGGGGUGAUAAUUGUGUGUGUGUGUGUGUGUGUGUGUGUGUGUGUGUGUGUGAAUGAUGUCUCAUAGCCAUCAUUUGCUAUGGACAUUUCUCCUCUUAGUUCCCCUGCCUUCUCUUAUCAUGACAAUUCUCCCAUAUUCUUUGUUUAUUCCUGAUAACUCUCUUCCCCAUCACUUGGCUACAGGAGUGCCAUAACAUGGACAUGAAACAUCUCACACACACACGCCUGCACAUAGUGCGUACAAUGUCCCUCAGCUACGUGCAAGGGUGUGUGGGUGGGUGUGUGACAUCCCAUGUCUGUGUUGUGGCGGCCGGUGGCAGCGACUCCUCUUCCUUCUCUCCUCAGCCAGUGAGGCACCCUUUCCCACCCUGCAUUCAAGGCCCAUUCCCCCCACCCAAAAAAGGGUGUGUUGCUCACUGGCUGUGGAGGUCGGGGCUGAACUGUUUCUCUCUUGGAGGCAGCACCGCUGCUGCCUGCUGGCUUUUCUCAUUGCCUUUGUGGGUGCCCGGCCCUGACAAAUAUAUUAUUGCAGAAGCACCCACAGCCCUCUGGAGUUGGCUCCUAUGUUAUCUUAACAAACACUUAGCCUACUAGAUUUGAUUAUGAUGACGAUGAUGCUCCCCACCCCCAAAUCACCUGCUUCCUCAUUUUUUGGAUGAUUACUGGACAGCAGAAAACGUACAUGGCUAGAGAGAGUUCUGCAAACAAAUGACUACCAGUCCACAUUUUGUUUUUAAAAUAUAUAUAUAAUGUUAUUAAAUUUUCUGUUUUACAAUUUAAAAUACUCAUUUAAACAUCCUUAAAAUAUCAAUGACUUCCCUUCUUCUCUUUCCAUGGUUUAUUUUGCAUACCAUCAAUCCAUGCAUAUUUUACAAAAAAAAACACCUAAACCAUUCAGUAUUUUAUUAUUGCAUCCAUCAAAACUUAUUUACGCUGCUGAAUUUAUCUUAAUGCUGCCAACGUUUUCAGGUGUACACCCCCCCAUAUAUUCACAUUUUGCAAGCGAAACUGGGUAGACCAGUAGCCAAAACUGACAGCCCAAGUGGACUUCAGCAGCUGAUACUGUAAAUCAGAGAGACUAAGCUGGCCCAAUCCAAGAGGCAGUACAGGCAGCUGCCGGGGGCACCUGAAUGCAAUAGGUGCUGGGAUGCUCUGGGAAAACCCCAAGUACCUUGGGACCGCAGGGUCUGAGGCUGGGAGUGAGCAACAGUCUCUCUCUCUCUCUCCCCCCCCCCCCUUCUCUAAAUGGAUCUCCUUCUCAUUGCUCAGUUCACUAUGGAGCAGGAGAAAGGGGCUGCAGUUUAAUAACACUAAUAAUCUAAGAAGGGCAGCAAAGCAGACAUUCCCCUAGAGUAGCAAUAUAGAUUGAACCAGAAGUGUUGUGCAGUUGCUUGCGGGUCUCAUUGUAGUGCUGGUAAAUGGCCAUCUGUUGCAGGAGAUGAUGUUAAGAGACAACGCAUUGCUUUACAAUUUAGUCUGAAUUAGCUGUAUGAAACUUCAUGUUGUGUUGCUGCUUAGACUGUGGUUUGUUUCUGCUCUCUCUGAUUCAGAACCAGAACAGUCUGCAUUCCAGUUACUGACACCUUUCUGCAGCCACAAUGAAUAACUCCUUUUUAUUGACCCCUCUAGGGUGAAAAGGGAGAUUUGGGUUUGAUGGGAUUGCCAGGUACAAGAGGACCAACGGGCUUUAAGGUUUGUUUCACCCAGCUGCUAUGUCGUCCCCAUCUGGCUGGUUACAGCUGCUUCCUUGGUUACAAAGUGCUUGUGUAUAUUGUUUGAAGAUAGCAGCAAUGUUCGUGGGGAGAAGGAAUAAUAGGAAAAGACAGGAUUUCCCCAUAGCAAUAAUGAAAAAACAAAAGGUUUUGUCAGCAUGCUGGUUUUCUGCUUUAUUCUUAAACAAAUACCUUACUACAAUCUAAUAUAAAGGGGGGAAAAGUAAUUUAAAAGCAAAAUCCAUGUAACAUGGGCCUCAAGACCCCAGGGCUUUAAUUUCAGCCGGAAUUCACUGGAACUCAGUUCAGGCACCUCUCAGGUGGGCACCAUUGCCAUUUAUAAGAGAAUAAGGGAGGUGUUCAUGGUGAGUUCCGGCACCUCUUUCUCUAGAAAAAUAGCACUGUUGUACACUAUAUUUGUAUUAGCACCAUCAUCCAAAUCCAAACAAAAUAAAAAAAAUCCUUCCAGUAGCACCUUAGAGACCACCUAAGUUUGUUAUUGGUAUGAGCUUUCGUGUGCAUGCAGGUGUGGCGUUAACAUAUGAGAGUGCUGGAGGUGAAAUAGUUAAACAGGUUAACCAAUCAGAACCCAGGGGGUGGAGUCAGAGGGACUAUAAAACCAGCUCUGGGAGAGGUGAAGCGGGGAGUUCGUUGGGAGUUGGGAGGUUGGUUGGAGUGGGAGUGAAUUGGGAUAGAGUCUGUGGGUAGGUUGAGUUAGUGUAGUGAAAUAAGCCGAGUCAGUUAGGGGCUAGGAAGACAAGUAAAUAUCUGAGAGGUGGUUUAGUGAGUGAGAGCAGGUAGUGGAAGUUAUAGGUCUGGAUAGGCACCCAUGAUUGUAUUUGACAGAUACUGCUUGAAAUAAACAGAAGUUUAUUUUCCAACUUAACCCUGUCUGGACUCAGUAUUUUACCAGGUAGGGCCUGGGUGGUGGCAGCGAGAAAUAAAGUGGUGGCACAGGGAUCAAUAGAUGGUGAAACGUCCCGGGACCCUGUGUGAUCGCCACAGCAGCUAUCAGAAGUAUCUGAAUAAGUGUGCAUGCACACUAAAGCUCAUACCAAUAACAAAUUUAGUUGGUCUCUUAAGGUGCUACUGGAAGGAUUUUUUUUACUUUGUUUUGACUAUAGCAGACCAACACGGCUACCUACCUGCAUCCAAAUCCAGACAGCUAUAAUUCUCCCCCCCCACUUUCCUCCUGCCACCCUCACGUAAUGGAUGGUGUGUGUAACCUUGGUCCAAGAAUAGGAUGAGUGGACUCCCCUUUCUGCUGCACCCAACUUUUAUGUCUAGCGUUCUGGUUUUUGUUUUGGGUUUUCGAAACAACAUUUGACAUUUAAAAACUUCCAAGUUAGUGGUUCCGAAGCAGCUGCAAUAUUUGCUAAAGGAGAUGGCUUUAUCUUCUUGUUUUGAUAGAUGGGCUGUACUGAUGGAGUACUAGUCAUUUGGAGCAUAACCACAAACCAUAGUCCUAUAAAACAUCCCACAUUAAUUUAUAGGCGCCGUGCCAAAUUGUGAAUUGUGCUUGUGCAACUCAACUCAGAUUUUUUCCUGUGCAUUGGAUGUCAUGGUGCAGGACCAUGAAAUCCCUCUAUAUUAUCAUACUAAAAGUGUAUAGGCACAAGACAUUAUCAACUUCAUGUUUAGCAGAAGAUGAAUUGAUUGAAGUGACAAAACUAGAGUACUGUCUAUAGCCAACGGUGAUUUAAAAAGAGAAAAGAACCUUUGUUUAAGCAUCAUUUGUAUCCAAAUCAGAUACAUAUUGAGGCUAUAUAUCUUUAAUGUUGAUUUAUUUAUUUAAUUGCUUGACAAAUGGUAUACCACUUAAUCAUUAAAAACCACUAAGUGGCCUAGGUAUUUACAUUACGCAAUUGCAGCUAUAAUUUCUUUUUAAAAAUCUUAAAUGUCCAUGGGAGUUGCUACAAAAGAUUUGGGUCUAAGCUGAAGUACAGUCAAAGUAAACAUCAGAGAGAGACUUGCCUUUGCUAGAUAAGAGGAAACAGCUGAAGAAAAUGGCUUGAGGCAUUUUACCACAGAGGCUGCUUUCAAUUAUAUUAUUAUACUGAGAAUUAUAAUGGCUUUCUGCUGCUGUUUUAAUUUCCAUAGCAAUUUCUAACAAGGCUAGCAUGCUUUCUGUACCAGAUUUAUUUGUUUCUCAUGUCUGCUUCCAGGCUGAGGCUUAAAUGCUCAUAUUUGCGAUUUUCUUCCAACGGCUACAAAGGAAAAUGUUGUCGCAACUUAUUGCUUUUCCAGCCUGAUUUUAAAUUCCAUAUGUUACUAUGAUGUAAUCAAUUACAAGCAUGUAAAUACCUGCCCUUUUAUCUUCUUCUAGGGUUACCCUGGAAGCAGAGGAGAAAAGGUUCGUCAUGCAAAGAACUCUUAGUUAAUUGCUGAAAAGCAUUGCGACCUAUGUUCCUCAGGCCCCCCAAAAUGUAAUGCUUUGGUAUGUUAGUAAUGACAGGAUCGAGGGGCGCGGGUGGCGCUGUGGGUUAAACCACAGAGCCUAGGACUUGCCAAUCAGAAAGUCGACGGUUCGAAUUCCUGCGACAGCAUGAGCUCCCGUUUGGAAGAACCAAUUAAGGCCACUUUAUGAUGUGCAUUCCCCACCCAUUAGGAAUAGUAUCAAGAAACUGGUUAUAUGUUCUCAUACAACCACAGAUUAAUAGCCACUGAUAGGCCCUUCAAGUAGCCUUAGCAGCAAAAGAGAAAGUUUACAUAUUUGGCCGGGAAUCAUCUGGACAAUCAUGCACACAUCAGCAGACAAAGUGCUGGGAAUACAGUACAUUACUUUCUUCUAUUUUCCUCUCAGUCCACCCCCUCCCACUCUCUCUCUCUGUCCUGUCCUCUCAUCCCCUUUAGUUCAUUUCAUUUGUUAAUGCAUAGAAAAGGCGUAGGCGGAUGAGACAUAAGGCUCUGCCUCCCCCACAAGCUACAUUUUUAAAAAUUCCAUUUCUGAAAAUAAUUUGUACAUGUUCAAGUGUUGACACACAGCCAGCUUUCUGUAAUCAGGUAUGCUGCGUAGGGAGGGUUGGGGGGGAGUGGGUCAAAGCACAGGUUGGGGGUUAGUUACCUGCUGUGGACGCUGUCCCUGCCUGCGUGUCUCAUUUGUCCACACAUGAAUGUCUGAAAAGGGUUUUAAAGCAAACAAAGGGUACCCAUGCUGAAUGUUGGAAUGUUGGUACAAUCUACAUUAGCUCAGAGAUUGGCUUAAUUUCAGGUGACAGCCCACUAGCUGAAGAUCAGUAAACGACAUUUAACUUGAAAGUCGUCGUGUUCAUUACAUCGCCUGGAGUGUACUGAGGAUGGUAAUUGUGGGGGACCAAGAAUCUAACAAAUGUUCUGUAUACCGAACAACUUCAUUUUGAUGGGCUUCUGUGUUUAAUUCUACAUUCAGUGCUGAAAGAAAACAUCGGUUUUUGAAACGCCGUGUUCUAUAGCUAUUAUCUCCUGUAUGGUUUUCCACAGGGAACUCCCGGAGAGAAGGGCGACAAAGGCAGCAAAGGAGACAAGGUAAAAUUACCUUAAUAGAGCACCUAAUUCGUGUUGAACGUAGCUUGAUUUGUGGUUGCAUUCAUAGCAUAGUUGUAUGAGGAUGGAGAUUAUAGAUGCAGACUUCGUUUAACUUUCGUAUGCAAUCAGCUAUGCUCAUUGCUAAGACAAUAACACAAAUCUAUUUGGUUGAAGGUCUGGUGAACUAUAGCCCUUAUCUGUGAAGUUAGAUUUGGUCAGAAAUAUCUGCAAUAGUCUAUGACCUUGUAUUUUUCAAAUGACUUAUCAUUUUUUUUUAAAAAAAAUAUACAUUUGCUGUAUUUAUUUACUUACUUACUGAUACUUAGGGACGCGGGUGGCGCUGUGGGUUAAACCACAGAGCCUAGGACUUGCCGAUCAGAAGGUCGGUGGUUCGAAUCCCCGUAACAGGGUGAGCUCCCGUUGCUCGGUCCCUGCUCCUGCCAACCUAGCAGUUCGAAAGCAUGUCAUGUGCAAGUAGAUAAAUAGGGACCGCUCCGGUGGGAAGGUAAACGGCGUUUCCGUGUGCUGCUCUGGUUCGCCAGAAGCGGCUUAGUCAUGCUGGCCACAUGACCCGGAAGCUGUCUGCGGACAAACGCCGGCUCCUUCGGCCUAUAGAGCGAGAUGAGCGCGCAACCCCAGAGUCAGUCACGACUAGACCUAAUGGUCAGGGUUCCCUUUACCUUUACUGAUACUUAUUACUUGCAUUUAUACCAUACUUUUCCUCCGAGAAGCUUGAGGUGGUUCUCUUCCUCCCCAUUUUAUCCUCACAAGAACCCUGUGUGGUAGGCUGGUUUAGGGACUGCGACUGGCCCAAUGGGAGCUCCAUGGCCAAGUGGGGAUUAGAACCCUGGUCUCCCAGGUCCUACCUAGUCCAACACUUUAUUAUUAUUUAAUUGAAUUUAUAUACCGCCCUAUAUUCGGAGGUCUCAGGGCGGUUCACAGAACAAAAUCAAAAAUAUAAAAACACAAAUAUAUAAUCAAAAUAAAAAACAACAACCCAAUAACACUCCCCCCCAAAACCCCACAUUUUAACAGGGUAAUCACUACACCUCAUUAUAAAACAAUACAUUAUUUUACUGAUAGUACUUUAUACAUUUGUUUUAAAUGGUUUGUAUCUUUUGCUUAUUGUAUGCAUCCAUCUUGGGCUUCUAUGCAAGGAAGGGCAAGGUAAAAAAACCACAUAAGUAAUAGUUUUCUGGUGAUUUAGUUUUAUUUUCUAAUUGCAACCAUCAUCAUCAUCAAACUGAAUCAGUGACUCGCAUUCUUUCUUAUUGUGUUUAUACAAAACUCAAAGCGAUUCAUUAGAAAACAAUUUUACUUGUGUCUUUCCCAACAUUUUUCUUGCAGGGACACAUAGGUUUCCCAGGAAUGCUGGGGCAGAAGGUAUGUCUAUACAAAGCAAGAAAUUCUCAGGCUGUCUACCUGCUUGGCAUAUGUUGACAUUAAUACUGUAUUUGGAAGCCUUUAAAAAGUGCAAUCCUUCAUAGAUUUACUCAGAAGUAACUCCCAUUGUGUUCAGUAGGACUUAACUUUCUGGGAUACUUUCUGUUAUUGUACUGAAGUUCUCACCCUAGGCCAGCAGGGGGAUACUGUAGAUAGUUCAGGUCCACAUAUGCAAAUAAGGGAUCGAAAGUGACGUUCAGUGAUUGGAUAGUUACAGAAAGUUGUUACAGUUACGUUGUACUGGAGCUCUUUAUAAGUAGGCUGGCUGAACCCUUCAGCUCAGUUCUGUUCUGACCUGUGAAUAAACAAGAGCUGUUUGGAGAAUCACUGUGUUGUCUGAUAUGUUCACCCACAACUUAACACUUUCUGUGCACACUUAUGAGGGAAUAAGCCCUGUUUCACUCAGAGGAACUUACACCUCAAAACAUACACAUUGCACUGUUAAGACUCCUAAGUGAAAUGUAUUCUGCAUGAGGUUUAUGCGGCCUGGAUCUGUGAAUAAGUGUGGGGGAACCUAUGUCUUAGGGACAGAUUCAGCCCUUUGCUGAAUUCCAUCUGGGCUCCCUGAGGAGGUGUGGAUUUGAAAGACGGAAAGCUGACUGGAUCAAUUUUUACGUUUGAAGGGACAGAUCCAGCAAGCUGUCAGCUGCCUGGUCCACCCCUUCAAAGGUCUUCCUUCUCAGGCGGGUGGGAAGCUGCACCAAGUAAAUAUAUUUGUGCUAAAGCUCUUCUCUUUGUCCUUUCCAUCCCCAUUAAGGGAGAAAUGGGCCCAAAGGGGGAAUCUGGUUCAUCCGGACACAGAGGUCCAACUGGAAGACCGGGGAAAAGAGGCAAACAAGUAGGAAUCCUGUACUGUAUUUGAUUUAACCUGUUUCUGAAAAUAUUUUGUCUGUGGACUGUGUCUCAGCAAGGGAUGAGGGAUGAAUUUGAUUCAUUUGGCAUGUAAAGAUGAAUAUUGUCUAAUUCACACUUUCUGAAACAGUACUCAGACUUCAACACAGUCAUCUCUCAAAAAAUCUCCACAUUUUGCAAUGGAGUGCUCUAGCUGAGCGAUGGAUACGAAAAUACAUAUUCUACAGCUAAGCGUGCAUAUAAUAUGUGUAUGUUAGUGGAAAUAGCAUACAAAAAUGCAUUAUACCUGGGAAAAUUGGUUUGCAAAAAUGAGGAUAUUAGGAAACAUUACAUAGGAAAAAAUUGUAUAUUAGGGGAAAUCAGCACUAAAAUGCUGGUUAAUUCUGUAGACUUUUUUUUUUUUAAGAUCACAUGCAGAUGUGGAAAUGUAGGAAACUGAACUUAAGGGUGUAAAAAUGAAACAAUGGCACUGGCAGCAUUAAGGUAAAUUUAACAGUGUAAAUAAGCUUUGAUGGAUGCAAUAAUGGAAUACAGAAUGGAAUAGCUUUUGUAAAAUAUGCAGGGAUUUAUUUUAUGUAAAAUGAACCAUGGGAAGAGAAGAAGGGAAGUUAUUGAUAUCUUAAAGAUGUAAAAUGAGCAUUUUAAAUUGUAAAACAGAAUAUUUAAUUAAAAAUAUAUAAAAAUAAAAUAAAAAUGAGACAAUGGGAGAAACCAAAACUGACAGAUUUGCCUAUCCUCUAUGUUUUUGGAUGAAUUAUAGUUAUAGUUGGAUCUUCUGAACAUCCUAUUUAAAAAAAGCAGGCCAGAUUUAUUGUCACUUGUAUUAAAUGCCAUGCAAAGGAACAAAGAUAUCUGAUUAUGAUUCAUAAAAGGGCAUAAUAUCGCCGAGAAAGGAGGAAAUAGAGAAUGUAAGUCAGUUCAGAACAGAUAAAGACUGCUGCAUCCAGAAUAUGGCAGAUGACAAAAACACAUAUUUAAUGAGUGAAAAGCAGCGAUGCUUAAAGGUGGACCAUGAAAUCAUGUCAGGUCAAGGAGCUAACACAUCUCUAUACCCUAGAAUAUUGCAUUAAUCUCUUGGUACAGUACAGCACUGUUGCUUCAAGAAAUUGUAGAAUGUAAAAUGAUCUGCAGUCAGAAAUAAUGCAUCUAGAAGGGAAGAUGUAAUAGCUCUAACUUGGUUAUACCAUCAUUAAUUCAAGGAGCAGUGACUAUAUCUAUGUAGUCCUGGUUCACACAAUAUUUUUCUCUAUGUAGUGGUUAGUCUGGAGAUUGCUGGGAAAGGGGGAAAUGCUUGUUUGAACCACUCCUUAAUGUCCAUUUGCUUUGGAAAGGAAUUAAAAAAAGCAGUGGAGACGUUACUGAAUAAAAUAUAUUAUGGGGCUCUCUUAGUUUUUUUCUCCCCACAAGGCAAAGUUUUCUGCUUUCAUAAUUUUGAGCUUUUGAAGAAUGACGACACUCCCGCUUCAGCAAAUUCUAGCUUCAGAAGAGAAAUUUCCCUCAGGAAACAGUCAAAUUCCCCUACCAUGCCUACUCUGCUCCCCUUAAUACACAGUACACACGGAGAGAUGCUUAAAUAUACAAACAUAUAUACUUCUGCAUACCUAGAGAGUCCCCCCAAAAGUAUCAAAACAACUGCCCUACUUUGUGGUGGCCCCUCAUACUAAUAGCAUGCCCAAGUUCAGCCAAGUUUAUUUUUUAGCUCUUACCAAGAGACUCUUAUUCAGUAUAGAAAGAGUCUCUUGGUAAGAGCUACAAAAUAAAGAAAGCAGUAUAUUUUGCUUGAAAAACUUUUAUUGAUGGAGGAGCGGACGUCCUGUAGGCAUCUGGUCUGAUGUACCUACAAGUAUGGAUGUUUUCUAGAAAACAUAAUUGUUUGUGAGGCGAUCACUUUCUUUAAUGUCUGCUAGCACAAAAACCUUUGUGUAUGCUUUCAGCAAGAGAAACCAGGCCCAGCAUGGCAAUAACUAGAAAAUAUUACAUGUGCUUUUCUUAAGGGUGUAGCUGAAUACAAAUAUGCUUGCCCAUUUGUUCCUGUUGAUUCUGUUACAGGCCUAGAAUUUCCUAAAGUCCAAAUGUUGUUUUGAAAAACCGAGUGCCGUGUGUACAUAGCUGUUUGUAAUAAGAGGGGCCACUUUUCACCUACUCAGUCAUUUCCUUUCUCCAGAGCCAGCUGACAACCCCAUAUAAAAUGCCUGCAGUGGCAGCUAAAUUAAGAAGGUGUUACUUCCACUUCCAUUCUGAGAUCCAUCUUGCUUAGCUCAUUUGACUCCUUCAGGUUCAUGAGGAGUCUUCUCAGGCUUGAGUCAUUCAGUUACAGUUACGCCAAGGCUGGCCUGUGCAACUCUGCCGGUUUCAACCUUACAAGUGCCACACUGUGGCGGUGGUGAUGAUGAUGCUCAUAAACAACAUUUUUUGGUCUAUAGAAAUUCACCGUAAAAUGCUGAUGAAUUUUAUGAGGGGGGCGGAAUGUGAAUUGUGGAGAACUGAACUUAAGGUUGGAAAAGCGAGAAACCAGAGAAAAAACCCAAUAUUGAUAGAUUUGCCCAUCCCUACUCUUGAAGAAAUUUCCUCACAAUUUUUCUCUCUGAAAAUUUGGUGUAGUCCUAGUACAGUGGAUCCUCGGUUGUCGAACGCAUCCGUAAUCGAAUGUUUCGGCUUUUGAACACUGAAAACCCAGAUGUAACUGCUCCGGCUUUCGAACGAUUUUCGGAAGCCGAACAUGCCACACGACUUCCGUUUUGAGUUUCCCUAUUAUAUUGAGGCUUCCGUACUGAGUUUUCAGUUUUCGAAUGAUUCGGAAGUCGAACUGUCUUCUGGAAUGGAUUACGUUCGAAAACCAAGGUUCCACUGUAAUAAGCCAUUCUGAAAUGUGCAGAACUGGGAAAUUUAUGGGAUUGUUAAGUAAUAUUUUAUAUAAUAUAAUAUAUAUUUUUGUUGGGGAAAUGCAUAAUGUUGGGGAAAUGUUGGGGAUUUGUCAUAAUAUGUAUAAGGUCCUGCAGAUUUAAUUUGCAAUUUUGGCAUUUCGAUCUUUUCUGUGUAGUUGAAGGGCACGCUAUUUCGACCCAUGAAGCCAUAGGAUUUGCGCUGCGAGUACAUUAGCUUGUUAGGGAAUGUUAUAAAGAAACAGUCCUUUCUUUUAUAUACUAGGGACAAAGGGGAGACAUAGGACCUCCUGGUGCCUCAGGCCCACCUGGAAGACCUGGCCCCCCUGGUCAGCCUGGUCCACCAAGCCCUUUGGCAACAGGUAAGGCAGACCUUUCAAAAUGGCCGCUCAUUCCCUUUCCCCCUUCAAUUUAAUCAUAUUGAGUUGCCUCACAGAAAAGAGACAGGCGUCCAUGAGGUUUCUGCCGAACCACUAGCUGAGGGGGAAUCACACAUUUUUAAGAUAAGGUUUUAGGGCGGGGUUGGGCUUUUCCUGCACUAUGAUUGACUUCUUUUGCUCUCAACUACCCCUUGCACCCUGAAAUAAGGGCCCUUCUAGACUGGUGUCAUAUGAGUCAACUCCUAGGGGCCGAGGUCCCUUCGCCCCCACAAUAAAAUAUUUGAGGUGGCUGCCCCCCCCAGUUGAUGGGCAUUGUCAUUCAAAGGGUGUGUGUGUACCAUGUCAUGUGAUUGAUUAUGCAGGAUGAGGCUUCCCCUCCCCCCCAAUAUUUUAUUCAAGUUUGCACCCCUGACUGGUGGUGUUUUGUGGGUGUAUUUUGCAGCAAUCCAUAACCCACCAGUGUCCUGAGAAAAAGAGACACCCCCUUUUUUCUCAUGAGAGGACGGUGGCCAUUUUGAGCACUGUGGUCUCUCAUGAUGCUCCAAAAUGGGUAUAUUGUGGUGCGAAAUCACGUGAGACCUCGGUGCCCAAAAUGGCUGCCAUCCUCUCGCAAGAAAAAAAUCAGAAAGAUAGUGUCCGAGUUGUUGCCUUUGAUGUGUUGGUGGGAAUUGAUUCAAUAUUGAUUCAAUAAUAGUGAAUAAGAGGUGGAUUUAAACUGGGCCAUCUACAUACACUUCGGCUUCAUUAGUUGCUCUGCGAUGCUUCCAGAUUGUUUCCAUGUUAUUACCCCCUGGAGAGGUGCAUCACAGAACAAUUAAAGUGGGACAAAAAAUAAACUGGAACUUUUGUAGUUUGAAAAGUUUGAGGAUUUCAGCAGUAAGUUAUGGAACAGAACUUGGAAAUGAAGCAGUAUGCCCACCCUGAAACUUUUGCAGAUACAAAUAGUAUUGAAAGUGGGAUCAUGUUGAACUGCCCCAAAUACCAUCUUGAGCAUAAAUAAUCGUUCCUCUGCAAACCUUCUGCUGAGAUCCAAAAUAGUUAUUUACUCACUCACAUAGCCUGGUCUUUUGUUAAACGGCAAUGAUAACGGUGCUUCCAGAUGGGGGUUUAAUUUGCAAAUGGGUCAUUGCUAAAGGGUUUGAGUGUGUGCACGUUACUUAUUGGAUUUCCCCUGGAAAGGGCAGAAGGAUCAGUCUGAAGUUAAUGUGGAGGGGGUUUAAUGGGUUGGCAUUUAAAUGCCAAUGACUCAACUUGCAUGCAUGAAGAGCACAGAUUCCACAAUAAACAUCCAUCUGGAAACAUAUUAAAGACAAUUUAAUAACCCAUGGAAAUCAAACAAUGACCGCAAACAAUAUACAACCAUCCCCAAAGUUGGAAGGCCAAUAAUAUUUGACAAGUGUUUGUACAAGCCCCCAAAGAAGCUUACAGGAGUCAAAGAUAGCUUUUCAAUAUGAGACGUUUAGCUCGCAGGCAAGGACUCAAUUUUCCAUUUUCAGUAUGUCUUUAUCUAUUUCAGCAACUACCUUGCGUGUCAAAUCUGAUGUUUUCUAGGGCAACUAACAAUGGGGGCAAAAGGAGAGAGAGGACUUCCUGGACCUCCAGGAAAAUGUCUCUGCAACGCUCCGCAAAAUGGGAAUAUCCCACCCUAUGAUGAGCCACUCUUUGGACAGCCUUAUUCAAAGGUUCCUGCAGUAAGUGAGGUUGAUAGGAGUUGAUAUGGGCAUACUGUGUUAACGGAUCCAGACCGCUGGCAUGAAGUAGCCCCUUUGGUCAACUUGAUCUGAGCUGCUGUGGGUUUGUUAGUGCAGACAAUACAGAGCUAGAUGGAUCAAUGGUCUGAUUCGGUAUCGGGCAGAUUCCAUGUUCCUUAACUUACGGGCAACUGUGGAAUGGUGCCUGGGAUGUGACUAUGAUGCAAUCACAACUACCUCAUCCCUCUGUCAAUUCUGGAGUUAAACAAUUUAAAACAAUUGAUUGCUUAAGUUACCUCUUUGUCUCAAACUUUGGAGGUUGUUUUCUCUCACCUUCUAAACAUGGAGCACUUCUCUCCCUCAUUCUUUUUCUCAAAGGCUAUUCUACCUACAGGGAUGCGGGUGGCUCUGUGGGUUAAACCACAGAGCCUAGGACUUGCCGAUCAGAAAGUUGGCGGUUUGAAUCCCCGUGAUGGGGUGAGCUCCUGUUGUUCGGUCCCUGCUCCUGCCAACCUAGCAGUUUGAAAGCACGUCAAAGUGCAAGUAGAUAAAUAGGUACCGCUCCGGCGGGAAGGUAAACGGUGUUUCCAUGUGCUGCUCUGGUUUGCCAGAAGCGGCUUAGUCUUGCCGGCCACAAGACCCAGAAGCCGUACGGCGGCUCCCUCGGCCAAUAAAGUGAGAUGAGCGCCGCAACCCCAGAGUUGGACCUAAUGGUCAGGUGUCCCUUUACCUUUUUAUUCUACCUACAGAAAAGAGUCUCUGUUUUCACUUGCAUGAGAAUGGGCAGAUAGCAACACUGGUUACGUAUUAGGCUAGGCCUAGGAAAUCUGCCACCCUCAAAAUUUUGUCAGACAAAGCUUCCAUCAUCCCUAACAUUAUUGCUGUGCUGGUGGGGGCUGAUGGGAGUUGGAGUUCAGUGACAUGUGGAGGACAAUUCAUUCCCCACCCCCUGGUUAUCAUUAUUAGUGGAGUGUGUUCAUAGUAUCGGGUUCCUGGUCCCUUGAUUAGAGCAAACAGUACAUUCCGCUUAAUUACAAGUGGUUUUUUGAGGUCAACAGGGAAGGUUUCAGAUAAUGCAAACCCUUCAGAUUUGGAACUGGUCUCUAAAUUUCCAUCGCCACUUAGUAUUUUCCCCUACAGUAGGUGUUGCGGCAGCCUUGUGUCUUCUCCGACUCCUACGUUUUUAUUUCUCUUUUCCAGAUUUUUGUAGUGAAUAAUCAGGAAGAACUGGACAGAUUAAACACAGAAAACGCCCUAGCAUUUCGUAGAGAUCAGAGAUCUUUGUAUUUCAAAGAUGCUUUUGGAUGGCUUCCGAUUCAGGUAGGUAGGUAAAUAAAUGAUAAAUAAAUAGUGCAAGUUUUGUAAGCAUUUCAUUCCAUUGGAACUAAAAAUUUCUAUGUUUAAAAUAUUUAUUGGGUGAGGUGAAUUCCUGCAGCAGAUGAACUCCCAAUUGUUGUCCCCCCCCCCCCCCGGAAUAUAUAUCAGAAAAAGCAAAUAUCACUGAACGGAAUAUGGCAGGCAUAAACAAAACAAGUGGUCUAUACCAUACCCCGUCCCACAACAUUUCUCCCAUGAAAAUAGGACGUCCCAUUCCAUAAUGAUCAUUUUACUAUUUUUACCUCACACAUCUUACUGGGUUGCCCCAGCCGCUCUGGGCAGCUUCCAGCAUAUAUAAAAGCAUAAUAAAAUAUUAAAUAAUUUUAAAAAAAUCUUUCCUAUACAGGAUUGCCUCCAGAUGGCUCAGGGGUUGGAUAACUCUACAGCCUCCAACAUUUCUCUAGUGAAAAUAAGGACAUCCUAAGGAAAAGUGGGGCAUUCUGGAAUCAAAUCAGAAACCAGGACAGCUUCUGUAAAUCCAGGACUAUCCCUGGAAAAUAGCGACACUUGGAGAAUCUGCUAUACAUGUAUAUCUGUAUAAUGUGAAAGGGCAGUUUGCAGGGCAAUCCUAAUCCCCAGAUCUGAUGGCUGGAGGGAGUUAGGAUGGGGCAGAGAGUUCCUCCAGCAGAGCAGAGGGCACCUCUGUAGGCAUAAAUCUAUUUCUGCCAGCAGUAGGCCCUGAAACAGGCAUCUAGCAAUUGGGGGUGUAUGUGUCAGACCUGGCCUCAAAUCCAUUGGACUCAAAUUCCCUUCAUUAUUCCAAGAGGCUUCAGGAUCAGGAGCAUCAGCUACACCAUUCAAUCACACACAAACCCCGACACAUACACACUCUUCAGAUGCGAUGAAUUAUAUGCCAUUUCACUCCACCACACUAUCCUGCCUGCAAUUUCUCUGCCCACCUGCAAUCCUAUACAGUGGUACCUCGGGUUCAGAACUUAAUUCAUUCCGGAGGUGCGUUAUUAACCUGAAACCGUUCUUAACCUGAAGCACCACUUUAGCUAAUGGGGCCUCCCGCUGCCGCCACAGCGUGAUUUCUGUUCUCAUCCCGAAGCAAAGUUCUUAACCCGAGGUACUAUUUCUGGGUUAGCGGAGUCUGUAACCUGAAGCAUCUGUAACCCGAGGUACCACUGUAUAAGAAGAAGAAGAGUUUGGAUUUGAUAUCCCGCUUUAUCACUACCCGAAGGAGUCUCAAAGCGGCUAACAUUCUCCUUUCCCUUCCUCCCCCACAACAAACACUCUGUGAAGUGAGUGGGGAUGAGAGACUUCAAAGAAGUGUGACUAGCCCAAGAUCACCCAGCAGCUGCAUGUGGAGGAGCGGAGACGCGAACUCAGUUCACCAGAUUACGAGUCUACCGCUCUUAACCACUACACCACACUGGCUCUUAUAUGCCCUUACAGGGGAGAAAGUCCCCUUGUACACAGUGGGGUGUACUUCUGAGUAAGCACGCAUGGGAUUGCACUGUUCAGUUUCAGAAUUGUGUAGAUGAAUAUCCCAUGCUUAUCUGUAGGAUUUUAGAAUAUACCCCCUUCAACCUAAAUUCACUGAACUCCUCAAGGGUAAGUAAAGACCUGCCAUAAAAUAAAACAGUUUGCAUUCUGGUUUGGAUGUAAAUUGUUCGAGGUUCUGGAAGUAUUCGUAUUAUAGCUGUGAGGACUCUGACACAAACAUUUCCAGGGGAUUGUGCAGUUGGCUGAAGUGGCAGGGCAGACACCUAAUCUUCAGCAAGUGAGAACAGGAAUCACAUGUUCCUUUGGUGCCUCCUUUUCCAAGAUGUUUAUAGUUCCGCUCAAGUAUCUGUUUUGUGUUUAUUCCAGCAGCUCACGCCUUUUUAUCCUGUGGACUACCCGCUGGAAGAUGGCAGCACCUGUGGAGAUGGGGUCCUCCAAGAUGGGGAAGAAUGCGAUGAUGGCAAUAACAUAGUGACUGAUGAUUGUAUAAGUACGUUUGAUGUUACCAAUUCUCGUUUUCUUGCUUUAAUAUACACAAGGGUUCUCAGAUAAAUGGAAAGCCUAAUUCAUAUAUACACAAGGAUUCUCAGAUAAAUGGAAAGCCUAAUUCAUAUACUUCACUGUUUCCACAUGUGAUCUGGAUAAAAAAGCACCAAAACACUCAGGAAAAGCUACUUUCACUAAGUGGGAAAGAGCUGGUAUUUUAUUUUUCAACAGAUAGUUUUGUAAACAUACACAGGCAAGCAAACUGAUUAAUCUUGGAGUUAAUGGGUGAUGUGGAAGAAAGUUCACACUGUCCUCUGACAUGCAAGGAGCUAGCUAGCAGCUGCAAAUAACCCCAUUUAUGUAUUUAUUUACCUUUCUCUUUUAUUUUGGGUUUAUUAGAAUGUCGCCAUGCUUAUUGUGGAGACGGCUACCGACACGAAGGGGUAGAAGAGUGUGAUGGGAAAGAUUUUGGAUACUUAACUUGCAAAACGUAUCUCCCUGGGUAAGGCAAAUUUAAGUUAUUUUUGUCACAUCAUGGGAGAGUAUGAUUUGUUUUAAAAAUUCACAAAAUAUUGGACUGGGAAGGAAGAUGGAGGCAAAGGUCUGUUUUCAUUCCUUUGCUCCACCAGGAACCAAUGGAUGGAGGGAAAACUGGUUGUUGUUUUUUUAGUGGGGGGGGGAUGAUUCCUGUGGCCCCAAUCACAUGUUGUCUGUGGUUGCUUGGAGACAAAGGGAGGGAUCCCUCUUCACCUUGAAUUAAUAGUUGUAGGGAAAUAACUGGCUGUGCCUCUCUAUGGUCACCCCUUCUUCCCGGUGGUCAUUUCAAUGAUGAUGAUCCAAUCUCCCUUUGUUUUACCUGGUGGGGAGGAGAAUUGGGCAGGUGGAAGAUGGGGUGGAAAUAUUCUGAGGAAGUGGGUACUUUGGUACUAAAGCUGUUGGGACACAGUAGCUAACUCCGCAGAUAUUACCCACCGUGGGACUUCAAGAAACCACUGGCUAGGGAGACCUAGGUCUCAUGCAUCAAGGCAUGAGAUUUGUUUCCCAGAUUUGUUUCAUUUGGCAUCUCUAGGAAACUGAGGAUGAAGAGGAGGCUCCGCCAUCAUAGUACUCUUCUCUCUCAUGCACCCAAAGCUAGUUACUUACAAUUACCUUAUGCUAUUGAGAAUAUCCCCAAGAGUCAUGAGAGACUAGUGGAUGCAUAAAUUUUAACUGAAGCAGACGGAGAGGCCACCUUUGUUUUUGUGCAAGUGUAGGAUGUCUCUAUGGGACGCGGGUGGCGUUGUGGGUUAAACCACAGAGCCUAGGACUUGCCGAUCAGAAGGUCGGCGGUUCGAAUCCCCACAACGGGUGAGCUCCCGUUGCUGGAUCCCUGCUCCUGCCCACCUAGCAGUUCGAAAGCACGCCAAAAAGUGCAAGUAGAUAAAUAGGUAUCACUCCGGCGGGAAGGUAAACGCUGUUUCCGUAUGCUGCUCUGGUUCCCCAGAAUUAGUCAUGCUGGCCACAUGACCCAAAAGCUGUAUGCCGGCUCCCUCGGCCAGUAAAGCAGGAUGAGCGCCGCAACCCCAGAGUCAGCCACAACUGGACCUAAUGGUCAGGGGUCCCUUUACCUUUACAUUUAGGAUGUCUCUACUGUUUGCAGAUUCUCUCCCCACCCAAUUUAGGCACCCAUGAGGUCUGUGCUUGAAUUAGAAAAAAGCUAAUUAAGGCUGUGGUUGCUCUUAGCCAUCAGUUUUACACCAGAGUGAGCUAAAAACAUAUUCGUGUGGUACAGAGCUGUAGUGCUUCUCUUUAGUCCAGCAGGAUAUUGAGGUCACAUCCAUACCAUACAUACAUGGCUUCCCCCAAAGAAUCCUGGAAACUGUAGUUUACCCCUCACAGAAUGACCAUUCCUAACACCUUUAGAAAACUACUGUUCCCAGGAUUCUUUGGGGCAAGCCAUGCGCUUUAAAUGUACUGUAUGAUGUAAAUGUGACUUUAGAUGAGGCCUUUGCUUGCUUGUAAUCUGACUUGCAUGCAUUGGUAUUAAUAGCUUCUUCUUGUCAGCAGUAUUUUACCUGCAAUAGCUGUAGCUGUGUCAUGCUGUCAGGUAUCAUUACGAUCUUACAGGAAACAUUCCAUUUGCAAAUGAAAUUAUCUGCAGAGUUCUCAUGGCUCCUGAAAGGGUAAUGUGUUAAUUGGCAGGAAUAAAGAAAGCACAAGAGUCAGUUCUGCAAACCCUCUUCUGUAAUUUAACUCCUUACAGCACCUUUUACAUCAAUGGGACUCGAUAAACAGACAUUUUAGGAAAGCAAUCAUAAAAUAUAUACAUGUUAAAGGUUGAUAUUUGGUCAAGAUUUUGAAAACUGAGGCCUUUAUUUCAGGGUUAUCAAAUUUCCAGACAUGACAGCAGCUGUGAUAAUUGUGCUUUGUGAAUCUGCAAAUAACGUCAUAUUGCCCUUUGAGCAUUCAGUUAAUUGGGUGCAUAAUGAGAUAUAGGUUAAAACAAAGCUUGAUAUUGGACUGUAUUGAUUAAGUGUUCAGUUGGCAAUGUUAUUGCAAAUUGUACUUUAUUUUGUGCCGCAAAUGUCUCUUCGCAGCCUUUUUCAAACAUCCCUCUGUCUAACAUAUUUGCCUCGCUGCAAAACGCUGCAUUCAAAAUCCAUCUGUGGACGCCCUGAUAGAAAUUAGAUAUAAAAAUCAACUGGUAAAAAAAGUGUCAUGUGUAAUAAUGACUGGUGUGUGUUCAUCUUCUGUCUUAGGUCUUAUGGAAAAUUACGAUGCACUUCGUUUUGCAAUAUUGACUCUACAGAGUGUCGAUACUUUACAUGAAAAGUGAGCCCUGUAAUAUGUGAGUAUCCCACAUACGACAUCCAUACAUCCGGUGCUAUGUUACCAUCAACCCAAGACUGAGCAAUAGACAAGCAACCCAUCUCUAUGAUAAAAAAACCAAAACCAAUGUCCUGCUGCUCGUGGUGUUUGGAGAUGUGUUUUUAAAUUGGCUCACACUGGAAGAAAAUAGGACCACUGAAUCCUGUCUUAGUAGAGAAAUGUCAUGCAACAUUCACAGUUAAGACUUACCUUUUCCAUGGCUGCUUACAGGAGUUCCUCUUUACAACAGGAAAACCAAAUAACCGGAAUACUGUAUUUUACUUCAAUACUGUUACUUCAUAAAAACACAAUUAUACCUCAACUUGGCACUCCUAGUCCUACAGAUAAGCUCUUCGGGUGUUUUUGUUUUUUUAAAGAAUAAUUUUUCCAGUAUAAACACAAAGCAUAUUCUGGUUGCAGUGUUUAUAAGGACUAUUUAUGAUUUUUUUUUUCAUUACCAUGUGAACUUCGUACAUGCUUUAGCUGCAUUAAUUAAUCAUGUGUUCAAGUGAGAAGUCCCGGGUUUGUAUAUAUUGACUUGGGGCAAUUAGGCUGCAAUCCUAUGAGCACUUAUGUGGGGGUAAGUCCCAUUAAACUCACUGGGACUUACUUCUGAAUAGAGAUGCAUAGGAUGGCACUGUUAGUUAACUGGAAGAGAACCAGAUCGAGGAACUGAUUAGCUUUAUUUACAUUGCAAUUCUGUGUAUGCCAACUUGGAAGUACUCCCAGGUUAAGUGGAUAUAGCCUUAGAAACAGAAAUUGUAUAACCAUGUGAGAGAUGUAAAUAGAUUGAAAUAUAUCGAGAGUGACUGAAAUGGAAGAAUUCAAAAGGGAGUCAACACUUGUAUAUAAUGAAUUCUUCAGCGUCAGAUUAUUACUUUGGGAUGCUUGACUCAUGCGGGACAAGCUCUCGAAAACAAAGUCCUCUUGCCCCUUAUACCACGUUCCUGCCAAGUUCUUAGACUUAUAACACUAUAUCUUGUGUCUAAUAUGCCUGAAAUCUGCAUUCUGAAUUAUGCAACAGAAUGGAGGUUUGCACCUUGAAAAGCUUAGAAUUGCCUUAGAGACUAUUGUUGCAAAACUUUCAUUUUAGUUGUUAUGCCAGGAAGUGUUACUUGCUUUCUCAUGUACCUGAUACUCAGUUCUACUGGUUUCUACCUAGAAAUUGCUUUCCAGUCUCAGCUUUGUACAACUGUUAGGAUUAUUGGCCAUGUUCAUACAUCAUCAUGGUUUAGUGUGACCUGCAUGAGCUGAAAUGAGCCCAGGCGAUUGUUGAGUUCACACAUUCCCUCCAUUUUUCUGUCUGAAUGGUCUGAGGGAGGACUUCAGCAGUGUUUACUUAAUCUCUUAAUCUCAGGUUUCCAUUGCAUGUGAACUGGGGGUUGUGGUUUGCACUACGCUUAGUUUAAACAAGCCAGUUUUACAACCCAUGGUUUGAGUUUGGGUGGUUUUUGAAACUGCCCUGGGUUCAUAUUCCAGUUCAUAUUCCAGAACAAGCAGAGUUUAAGAGGAACUGAAAUUAAUCACUGCUGAAAUCCUCCCCUCAGGCUAAUCAAAGGUAGAGAGGGGAGGGAAAGCACACAUGCCCAAAGCUUGCUCAGGAUCCUUCCAGCUUCUGUUUGUUGUGCUAAACCAUGGUUUAACGUGAACGCAGCCACUUGUGUAUAUAUUCCUAUUUGUAUAGCCGAUAGGAGUCAUCCCAUAGCGUGUUAUUCAGAUUACAUGUUGUAUAGAUUUUGUAUGUAUAUAUGCAUAUAUAUAUAUAUAUAUAUAUUCCAAGUGGAUUGGUCAGAGAUGGUUAUGUUAUCUUUGAAAGCAUUUGAGAUAAUUACUGAUUUCCUUUCUAACAGAUACUAAAGAGCAAAUUUCAUGUUGGAAGUAUACUGAGUUAGAUACAUGUGGAAGUUACCUUAAAUUUAGAUAAACCUCUGAGUAAAUUCUUCAUACAGUGACGUGUGGAUUCAGGUUUAAGAGAAUUAAGAUAGGACAUUCUUUUCAUAUCUGUCAAUAUUCCUGUUUUCCUUUUCUUUAACGGUCUAAAAUGUUUGUUUGAAGCACAUGAACCCAUGUAUAACAACAGCUAUCGUUGUUAUGUUCUGUUACUUCCAUAGGAGUUGAAUAAGAAAUAUAUUAUACAAUUAU